UAAAUAUUUUUUAUCUUAAAUAGGAUUAGCUGUUGAUUGGAUUGGUGGUAACUUAUAUUGGUGUGAUUCUGGCACUAAGCGAAUUGAAGUGUCUAGAUUAGAUGGAACUAUGCGUAAAGUUUUACUUUGGAAUGACAUCAAAAACCCGAAAAAUUUAUUACUAGAUCCUAAAAAAGGAUUUAUGUAUUGGAGUGAAUUUGAUGGAAUUACUGGUUCAAUUCAUAAAUCAUCUAUGAACGGUGAAGGGAAACAUUGUUUAAUAAAUAAAAUUGGUAGAGUCAUAAGUAUUACUUCAGAUUAUGACAGUGGUUUGAUUUAUUGGACAACAUUGACACCAAAUAGUGGAUCCAUUGAAAGUAUUGAUUUGAACGGAAGACGUCAAAGUAAAAUUGUCUCUAUACCUUAUGGUAGUUACCCGUCUGCAAUAACAUAUUUCAGGGGUUCUUUAUACUGGUUGGAUUGGACAAAUGGAACUUAUUUCCAAGUCGAUAUUCAAAGUGGUAUAAUUUUAAAGCAAACUAAGAUAAAUUUAGAUCAUGUUACGGACUUGAUAACCUUUGAUAAAUUAAGUCAAACCGGAACAAAUCCAUGUGCUAUAAAUAAUGGAGGAUGCCAACAAUUGUGUCUUGUAAAAGGAUCAACAAAAGAUUAUGAACCAUUGCCAUAUCACUGUUCAUGCGAAACACAUUUCACAUUAUUUAAAAAUAACACUUGCUCAGCACCAAAUAGUUUUUUGAUUGUGGCACAGAAAACAACAUUUUAUAGGGUGGUAAUGGAUAUAGAUGAUUCUUCUGAUUCUUCACUCCCCGUUAUAGGACUGAAACAUGUAAAAGCAGUUGAAUAUGAUCCAAUAUCACACAUGAUUUAUUGGAUUGAUGGCAGGACACAGAUGAUUAAACGUUGUCACGAGAAUGGUUCAAAUCCAAAUAUGUUUAUUGGAAACAAUGGCAAUACAUAUAAUUUAUAUGAUCUCGCUUUGGAUCCAUAUAAUAGAUUAUUGUUUUGGACUUGUACUGUAACGGAUACUAUAAAUGUUACUCGUUUAACAAAUAGCAGCUUCCAAGGAUCUGUAUUUAAAAGUUUUGAUGGGGAAAAACCAAGAAAUUUGGCGAUACAUCCCGAGAAAGGUUAUAUUUAUUGGACUGAUUUGGGAAGUCAACACAGAGUAAUAAGAUCUCGUAUUGAUGGCCAUAAUAGAGUUAUCAUUGCCUCUGAUUUAUUAUCUCUCGAAGCACUUACUGUUGACAGGGUACAAAAUAUGGUUUAUUUUUCGUAUUCAAGUAAAGUAGAUGUUUGUGAUCUUCAUGGUUAUCAAAGGUAAACAAACAAUAUAUAUAUUGCAUACUUCAUAGUUGGAA